GCGAAUACGCGUGCUAUUAAUAUUAUUAUUGUUGUUGUUGUUGUUGUUGUUGUUAUGGUUGUGGUUGUUCUUGUUCUUGUUCAGAUUUGAAAUUAAGCUAUCCACUCGCACUGUUUUGAGAUAGUGCCAUUCAAAUGGAUUUAUUAAAUUAGCCAGGCACCACAAGAAACAAUUAAGUAUCAUUUAACAAAACACGAACACCAUGGGUUACAACGUCGAGGAAGAUCUUGAGCACCUCAUCACCGAGAUGAAGAGGUUGCAAGAGGGAACGACUGCGGAAGGGAACAUCACGGUUAAAUUCAUCACUCUGUUCAAGGACGAUCGAUGUGCCAAUCUCUUUGAGGCGUUAGCCGGUACCCUGAAGGCUGCCAAGAAGAGAAAGGUUAUUGAUUUUGAAGGCGAACUUCUGUUGCAAGGCAUGUCGGACAACACGGACAUCGUGCUGCUGAAAACCGAGUUGUAAUAUGGGCGGGGCCCUCUUAGUCGAGGCUGUAGAUCGAGAUACGUAUAUUAAUUUAUCAAAAUAUAGAUCGCUAAAACCCUACGUGUAUUAAUUUAAUAAAAUAUAGAUCGAGAUA